GGCUGCGGGCCGAGGCGGCGGCGCGGCCGGGGCGUUUUCGUCAGGCAGUUCGCCGGGCGCCUAUCCGGGACCGGACAGUGCGAAGAAAAGUCCUCCGCUGGGCCGCCGCUCUCGCUCCGCUCCCCACUUUCGUCCUCCAGCUCAAGAUGGUGGCGUCGCGGGCAAUUGGCAGCCUCAGCCGCUUCACUGCUUCUCGGACCCUCCGUGCCCCAGGUUAUAUUUGCCGCAACUUUAGAGGGUCCUCUGCUUUGCUAGCCAGAACUCAUAUUAACUAUGGAGUCAAAGGAGAUGUGGCAGUUAUUCGAAUUAACUCUCCCAAUUCAAAGGUAAAUACACUGAACAAAGAAUUGCAGACGGAGUUCAUAGAAGUAAUGAAUGAAAUUUGGAGUAAUGAUCAAAUCAGAAGUGCUGUACUUAUCUCCUCAAAGCCAGGCUGCUUUAUUGCAGGUGCUGAUAUCAACAUGUUAGCCUCUUGCAAGACCUCUCAAGAAGUAACAAAAGUAUCACAGGAAGGACAGAGAAUGUUUGAGAAACUUGAGAAGUCCCCGAAACCUAUUGUGGCUGCCAUCAGUGGGUCCUGCUUGGGCGGAGGACUGGAGCUUGCCAUUGCAUGUCAAUACAGAAUUGCAACAAAAGAUAGAAAAACAGUAUUAGGAACCCCUGAAGUCUUGCUGGGUAUCUUGCCUGGAGCUGGAGGCACGCAGAGGCUGCCCAAAAUGGUAGGUGUGCCCGCUGCGUUUGACAUGAUGCUGACUGGUAGGAAUAUUCGUGCAGACAGAGCAAAGAAAAUGGGACUAGUUGACCAGUUGGUGGAACCCCUGGGACCAGGAUUAAAAACUCCAGAGGCUCGGACAAUUGAAUACCUAGAAGAAGUUGCAGUUUCUUUUGCCAAAGGGCUAGCUGAUAAGAAAAUAUCAACGAAGAGAGACAAAGGAUUUGUAGAAAAGUUGACAUCGUACGUCAUGGGUAUUCCAUUUGUGCGGCAACAGAUUUACAAAAGGGUGGAAGACACAGUACGAAAGCAGACCAAAGGCCUGUAUCCUGCACCUCUGAAAAUUAUUGAUGUGGUGAAGACUGGUCUUGAGCAAGGGAAUGAUGCUGGCUACCUCUCUGAAGCGCAGAAAUUUGGAGAGCUUGCGAUGACCAAGGAAUCAAAGGCCCUCAUGGGACUCUACCACGGCCAGGUUCUGUGCAAGAAGAAUAAGUUUGGGGCUCCGCAGAAGGAGGUGAAGCACCUCGCAGUUCUCGGGGCAGGGCUGAUGGGAGCAGGCAUUGCCCAAGUCUCUGUGGACAAGGGCCUGAAGACCAUCCUGAAAGAUGCCACGCUGCCUGGGCUGGGCCGCGGACAGCAACAAGUGUUCAAAGGGCUGAAUGAUAAAGUGAGGAAGAAGGCUCUGACGUCAUUCGAGAGGGACUUCAUCUUCAGCAACUUGACUGGACAGCUCGAUUACCAGGGCUUUGAGAAGAGCGACAUGGUGAUCGAAGCUGUUUUUGAGGACCUGAACAUUAAGCACAGAGUGCUCAAGGAGGUAGAAGCGGUGAUUCCCGAUCACUGCAUCUUCGCCAGUAACACGUCGGCUCUCCCCAUCAACGGCAUCGCUUCUGUCAGCAAGAGGCCCGAGAAGGUGAUCGGCAUGCACUACUUCUCUCCCGUGGACAAGAUGCAGCUGCUGGAGAUCAUCACCACGGAUAAGACAUCCAAGGACACCACCGCUUCCGCUGUGGCUGUGGGUCUCAAGCAGGGGAAAGUGAUCAUCGUGGUUAAGGAUGGACCCGGCUUCUACACCACCAGGUGUCUCGCCCCCAUGAUGUCUGAAGUCAUCAGAAUUCUCCAGGAAGGAGUUGAGCCCAAGAAACUGGAUUUGCUGACCACAAGCUUCGGCUUUCCUGUGGGCGCUGCCACACUGGUGGAUGAAGUGGGCGUGGAUGUGGCGAAACAUGUAGCAGAGGAUCUGGGCAAAGCCUUCGGGGAGCGGUUUGGAGGCGGAAACAUAGAACUGCUGCACCAGAUGGUGUCCAAGGGCUUCCUGGGUCGCAAGGCCGGGAAGGGUUUCUACAUCUACCAGGAGGGCGUGAAGAAUAAGAACUUGAAUUCGGAGAUGGACGGUAUUUUAGCCAGUCUGAAGGUGCCGUCUAAGCCCGAAGUCUCCUCUGACGAAGAUGUCCAGUAUCGCCUGGUGACGAGGUUUGUGAACGAGGCGGCUUUGUGCCUGCAGGAGGGGAUCCUGGCCACCCCCGCCGAGGGAGACAUCGGCGCCGUGUUCGGGCUGGGCUUUCCGCCCUGUCUCGGAGGGCCCUUCCGCUUUGUGGAUCUGUACGGUGCUCAGAAGAUCGUCGACCGGCUCAAGAAGUACGAGGCCGUGUACGGCAAGCAGUUCACCCCCUGCCAGCUGCUGGUCGACCACGCCAGCAGCAGCAAGAAGUUCUACUUGUGAGCAGGCCCCGGCCCUGCCCCGCACACGAACCCCGCGGCCCGCAGGACUGAUUUCCCCUACAGCGGCCAGCAGAGAACAGACUGGAGCGGGUGUGCGGCGCCGUCAAGUGCCUUCAGCCUGGCCCGCCGCCUGCCGAAGCCUGGUGCGUGCUGGGAGCAGAACCAGCCCCGAGCUCAGACCCCGUCAGCCUCACGGCCCAGGGCGGCAGCGGCUCUGGGGCUCUCUGUGGCCUGUUCCUCCCGGCGAACCGGGGCUGGGCAUCGGUGGGGAGGGCUUUGCUGCACCCGGUAACAAUAAAAUCCUCUUUACUGGC